GGGGCGGGGCUUGGGCACCGCCCACCCCAGACCCCUCGGGUCGCGCCGAGGACAAACAGCCCGCCUGUAUCACACCGAGAGGGUCGGCGCCGCGCGCAGCCGGGGCUUCUGGGCGCCAAUGGAGAACUUAGAACGUUCAGGCUCAUCUGCGUUUUCGGAUGGGCAUGACACGACCGAAAAAGCGGUUCCUCGCGAAGCCCUCCGGAAGCCCUUUGUAGUCAGACUCCUCGACGUGCACAAGUGUGAGGAGUCUGAGGAGCCGGAGGAACCCGAGGAACCCGAGGAGUCGGAGGAACCGGGAGAGGCCAAUGAGCAGAGCACGCGACACCUGUGCAACGACUUUUCUGAGUCCGAGGAGACAUCUGAACCCCACAAACCCUAUGAGCCCCACAAGCCUUAUGGGCCCCACAGGCCCUAUGAGCCCCACAAACCCUGUGAGCCCCAGGAGCCCCACGAAGCCUAUGAGUCCCACGUACAGCGCAAGCCCAGUGGGCCCCUGCUGCCCCAUAAGCCCCGGGCCCCCCCUGCUCCCCACGAGACCCACAAGCCCCACAAAGCCAAGUUGCUUCCCAGAGCCACCGUGGCGAUCGCCCCUACUCCGGUGACCAGAUUCCUGCCACGGAUUCCGCAAUCUUGCCUGAGUGAUCUUGGUCCCUGUGGCAUUGCAAGGAAAUGUUUGUUUUCUAGGAAGAGAAUCCAAGACCUUUCUAGGCCUAAAAAGCAAUGGGGAACUCCAGAUAGAAAACUGUUUUGGGGGAAUCAAGAUCCGAUUUGCCCUGUUUCCCAGAUCGCUUUGAAGACUCACCUGACCAAAAGACUUGAAGACCUUGCCCAUCCCAAGCAAGUCUCCCGCCAUUAUGUACCUAACAGGGAUCAGUAUUACUAUAGCUGUGGUAGAGAGUCUGUAAUCUGGGAGAUCCCUCCUCCUGCACUGUUUAGCCAACCCUCCAAAAGGAUCCAGCAGCUGGCACUGCCCAACAGAUUCAAGACAGAAUAUCUAAUAAAUAGGCCCUAUAGUCAUUACUUAACAAGAAGUUCUGUUCAAAUCUCUGAUCCUUCACCCCGUUUAUUACAACUCUCAGUAGCCAAAGCCACAAACCCGAACUAUGUUCCUCCAAGAAAGAUUGAAACCAAGAUUGCAGCUUCUGCCCUGAGUGCUGUUGCUACUCCAAGACUUACAGACCUUGCCAAUCCAAGGGUCAAGAUAGAGGGUCUGUGCUUUGAAAGAGAAAGAUGUGAAAUGCCCAUCCGUCCUAUACCCCAUGCUGCCUUGCUAACCAAACCUAGCCCUCGAAUAAUAGCUCUAGCUGAGGCCAAGACUCUUCAUCAAGAUUAUCUACCUGUCCGUGAUGCCCAUUGGCCAGUAUCUUAUGCUGCUACCCAUUACAAAAUAUCUCCCAGAAUUCAAGAACUAGCUAAUCCAAAUACAAGGUCUCCUAUGCAUGUUAUAUAUUAUGAUCCAAAUGUCUUUAAAGUCAAGCCAGCUGCUCUGAAAGCACUGUGUUCUCCAAGGAUCCAAGAGUUGGCAGAACCUAUUGUGCGUUAAUCACAGAAAGUCACGUCAGUCAGACUCUAGUUAUGUAUCUAGAAUUAGGUGACUUAGUUCCCUAGUCUCAUAUUGUCAGUUUGUAUUUCCCCAUCCCCUCAAAAACCACAUGAGACUUCCAGAGAACACCACUGUGACCAUUGAUAGCAAUUCCUGCUGUUACCUGUAAUCAUGUCCUUAGCAGGUUUGGGGACUUGAGCAUGCAAUAAAAGAGAAAUUGAGA